AUGUCUUCAAACAAGAUGGAGCAGAGCCUCGACGACAUCCUCAAGGCCUCCAAGACCUCUCGCCGUGGCCGCAGCGGUCGCAAGUCUACCGGCACUGGACGACCUGCCACCACUGCCGCACCUGUAGGCGGUGUUUCCAAGUCGACCAAGCAGCAGGGCAGGCAGCCCAAGGCCGCCCCCACCGCACCCGCCGCCUCCCUCGGCGGUGAGACCAAGAUCAUGGUAUCCAACUUGCCACGGGACAUUGACAAUGCCCAACUCCAGGACUACUUUGUUUCAGCUGUUGGUGUAGGUCGCCCCAAGAAGGUUCUUCUCCAGUACGAUGCCCAGGGUCGCAGCGUGGGUAGCGCUACCAUCAUCUUCAACAAGCACGACCAAGCCGCCAAGGCCACAGCCGCUCUUGAUGGCGUCAAGAUCGAUGGACGCCCUGUCCGCGUCGAGAUGCUCGUCAGCGCUGCCGCUAUCCCUGCCACUACCCGCCCGGCUUCGCUUGCCGACCGUGUAACCCAACCAAAGAAGGACAAGCCAAAGCCCGCCACCGCCGAGAAGGCAGCUCCCGGUGCCACACGCGGACGUGGUCAAACUCGUGGCAAGGGCAAGGGCCGUGGAGGUCGCGAGGCCCGUCCCAAGAAGAAGACUGUUGAGGAGCUCGAUGCUGAGAUGGCCGACUACUUCCCUGGUGGCGAGACCAAUGCUGCCGCUGGUACUGCUGAAGUUGCUCAGAUCACCGCCGGCGGUGACACUGCCAUGGAUGAUGAGAUGCUCUGA